GAAAGGAAGAAGCUAAUGAGACUACUUUCAGUUUCAGACUUUUUCUUGCCCAGGAAGCUAGAGCAGCCAUGGCUGCAAGUCACCAGCUACAUCGAGUGUGGGAAGGGACCAGGCCAAGAUGAUCCAGUCAAUAAGGUGAAGUUGAUUGUCAGGAACGCGGUUGAUGGCAUUUUUGAUGACUUCAUGAGCGACGAUGUGUUUAACAGAGAUGAUUUAUACAGAUUAGGAAGAGGUGUGAACCUCAUUGUGCAUAGCACUGGAAACCUUGUUGAAAAUAUCGCUGAGAAAACUGAAAAGGCACGCAAAAACUUUAUGAGCCGCCUCUGCAAUACCAAGAAACAGUUGAGUUUAAAGUCUCUUCCUGAAUACGAAGAUUCUGAAUCUGAGAAAACUUCUACGUCAUCCUCAUCGACAGAAUCUGAAGAUGAAAGUGAAGAAAGCAGUGAUGAAGAAAAAGCUGAAUCAGCCCAAGCACUGACUUUCACUUUGGCAGAUCCUCAGGAAACCCAGGGUGACCAACACGAUGAAACACUGAAGCUUUGCUCUCGUGAUCAUUUCAAGGAACUGACAUCAAAAAUGGCAGAUGAGAUUUACCCAGUGAUGGAGAGUGAGGGCCGAACACGCCUGGCCCUAAUCAUCUGCAACAAAGAAUUCAAAUAUCUUUCUGAUCGAUAUGGUUGUGAAGUUGACCUUCUGAGGAUGCAAAAUCUACUUAAAAACCUCGGAUACUUGGUGGUUGUAAAAAAGAACCUCACAGCUCAGGACAUGGAAACAGAGCUAAGGUGCUUUGCUGCUCGGCAAGAGCACCAAUCCUCAGACAGCACAUUCCUGGUAUUUAUGUCACACGGAAUCCUGGGUGGAAUCUGUGGGACGAAGCACAGAAAUAAAGACCCAGAUAUUCUUCAUGAUGACACCAUCUUCAAAAUUUUCAACAACCGUAACUGCCGGAAUCUGAAAGACAAACCCAAGGUCAUCAUCAUGCAGGCCUGCCGUGGCAAAGGUUCUGGGAGUGUUUGGACAACCACUGAUGGAGUAGUCAUGGCAGAUGCACUUGACCAGUCCUUGCAGUGUUAUGUCUAUAAUGAUGCUGUGACAAAGGCCCAUGUGGAGAGGGACUUCAUUGCUUUCAAAUCUUCCACCCCACAUAAUGUUUCUUGGAGACUUGGUACAAAUGGUUCUCGCUUCAUUUCUCAACUUAUCAAGACUUUCAAAGAAUAUUCAUGUUCUCACCAUUUAGAAGACAUUUUUCAAAAGGUUCAACAUUCAUUUGAGAUUCCAGAUGAACAGACCCAGAUGCCCACUAGGGAAGAGUAUCCCUAACACGCAAGUUCUACCUUUUCCCUGGGAUUUAAAACUCACAAGAAACAUUUCAGACCUACUCUGUGAGCGGAGAAUAUUCAGUUCUGAUGCAUGUACACAAUAAAAUAAUUGGAAAUGUUAUGUUUUGUUGGUGUUGGACCUCUUCACCAGAAAGGCAGUUUUGCUGAGUAACAUCCUUUCUGGUUCGUGAUGGAGCCUGCCUAUGCCACCAUCUCAGUGGACUGGCUCUGUGCUGAGGCAAUGAGGCCUUCAUAAGAAGCUUCCUGAAGGGGAAGAUGGUCUUUUUGCACAGCAAUUGUCUCAUGGUAGGGAUUGCAUUUAAUUCCCUAAUUACUCAUGUUCUCUUCUAUUUUUUUCCUAGAAAAAUGCAGCUAUUAGGAUCUCUAUAAGUCUAUUUUAAGAUGUCACUUUUUGAUCAAGAAUGUUUUGAUGCCCAUUUCAUAACUGUGUACCCUCCACAUACAAGACUAAAAUUACUGUGAAUUUAUUGAUGAAGUAAUGUUAAAUAAA